AUGCAUAGCCAGACUGCGAGCUUGGCAUUGCUGCUGUCGCUCCUCCAAUCACCUUCGAGGGCUUUGCUGGGACAGGCGGUGCGAAUGGCGUGCAGAUCUGCGAUGAAGUCACAUAUUCAUCAAAGUGAUAUUGACUUCGAUGACUUGUCGAAGUUCAGUGCUCGGGUGGAGGAUGGCGAAUUGAGAGAUGGGUCCAUGGACUCGCAUGGUGCCGGGAAGGGAUCUGUGCGAGGCAGGGUUGACAAAGCGGAGAUGUUUGGAGAUGGCGCGAAAGAAGUAGCCCCCAGCAUGGGAUGCAUGCUGGGCCUUGGGGCUUGCGGAGGUGAGACAAGUGGUGGCAGGAGUAGUGGUAUUGAGAGCACAGAAGGCGCCUUGGGUGGCGGCGGGAGUCGAAAGGAUGAUGUAACUGGGAAAAUAAAAAUGAUUGUUUUAGAUGAGUUGAAAGUCGAAGUUGGGAGCUAUAUACUAGGCCUAGCAUAUAAUACAAAGCGAUUCUGUACUUGUCAUAUCUUGUCGCACGUUGUUGAAACAAUCGAAGUCAAAAUCGGAGUAGGGAGCUGUACGUCUGACAUUCCCUAUAUUUCACGCCAACGCCAAUAUGCAAAGAGCUGUAAAUGGGCCGAUAUUUUCCUGAGUGUCAACGGUCAUACUGCACCGAUAUGCAAGCAGAAACACGACUCACUAUGCACAAAAAAAAGGUCUAUCGUGCAGUCCAUGCUGGUGCACGCUGAGUCAUUCCAGCACAACCAGGGACAACUGUCUGCGCUAGUUGCGCCAGCCGCGUCAGUGGGCAUAGCAGAGAUUGAUGAUGCUAAAGCAGCAACGACGGCGAAGACAAUUGCAGAGGAGAGACGCAUUAUCUAUAUGUGCAGUGCCAGCAAAGUCCAUCAGCAGUCUGGCGUGGGGCUACUGGGCGUUCGCAUUUCCAACAAACCGUCGGCUUGGUACCAAAAGCACUUGACAUCUCGGAGUCAUGAUGUCUCCGUGUUAAAGUACUACAGUGUUAAGACGAAGCCUCAAAGGGACGUUCCCAAGCAGCAGAUCUCAGAUCUCAUACUUCGUCUCACAUUAACAAAAAGGACACCAUCCCAUCUGAAUCAGAUAUCAGAGUCUGUCAUGCCCUUCACACGCCUAGAUCGAAGUUCAUCUGGAGCUAGUGUGGGUUUUGCACAUAUUCCUUUCCUAAGGGGUCUGAUGAUGAGUGAACCCUGGAUACUUGUCCCUGACUUGGCCUAUUUUCACUUUUUAUUGAAUUGGCUGGAGACCCGCCAGCUAUGGACAAUUCUGACCCAGCUUCCUUUCGACUGUCGACGUGCGCAGCCAGUAAGAUAA